UCUCUUUUGCUCUCCUCUGUUGGUAUGUUUCCCUUUAUAGUUGAGCCUCGGGUUGAUUCCGUCGUUUGUUUUUUUCCUUUUGGGUUCUUUUUCUAGAUUCACCCUGUAUAUGGUUCUUUUUUUUCUUUCUUGGGUUUCUCCUAUGUAUGGUUCGGCUGCUGAUUUGCCUUCUUCUUUUUUGUUGGUGCCAGCUCCAAAGAUCACUGCUUGCUACCUUAUUGCUGGUUUUCUAUUUUGGUGGUUGUUCGUGGUGUUUUCCACCCGGAGUAAGCAUGGAGGGUGUGGGCUGAGGUUGGAGGGAGGCCUGCAGUGUGCCUGGCCGUUUGGUUCUCCUCCGGUCCCUGGUUCUUCAGCAAGGAUUGUGAUUUCGAGCUGCACAGCUCUGUUCUGUCUCCGCUUCUUUUGCCUUUUGUUUUCUGGAACUCUCGGUUUUUUGGUCCGCUUGUGGGACUCUCGUUAUAGUUUAAGUUGCUGUGAUCAAGGAUUGUGAUUUCAAGCUGCACAGCUCUGUUCUGUGUGUGCUUCUUUUGCCUUUUGUUUUCUACAACUCUCGGUUCUUUGCUCCGCUUGUGGGACUCUCGUUGCGAUUUAAGCUGCUGUGAUCAAGAUGUCGAUCUCUAUGCUGAAAGAUAUACACUCGCGGGGUAGACACUGGACUGUUUGUACAAGGCUGUCAAGGAUGUGGGAUUAUCGUGGAGGCACCGAUGAUGGUGAUGUACGGCAUGUUGAUCUUGUCCUACUAGAUGCUGAGGGAACUGCUAUGUAUGCUCAAAUUGGAUCGGACAAUGUGAAGGAUAAGCAGCCUUUGUUUGCUGAAGGAAAAGUGUACAUGUUGAAGAGGUUUAGGGUCCUCAAGUCUAAACCUUCUUACAGGCCUGUUGACAAUGAAUUCAUGAUUGAGAUCACCUGCCACACAUUGAUUGAAGAAAAACAUGAUUUUCAAUCUGACUUCCCAAUGUACACAUACAACCUGACGAAAUUCCCUGAUUUGCCUUCGCUUGUUGGUGAGACCAAGUGUUUUGUUGAUAUUAUUGGCCUGAUCACAGAGGUGGCUGAUACAACCACAGUCCAACUCCAUAAUCAAAGCAGGGCUACGGUUCGAAGGGCAAUUACACUGAGAGACACUAGCAACUAUGAGAUCAAACUUUACCUUUGGGGUAAGAGAGCUUCUGAAUUUGAUGCUGAUAAGGUGUAUGCAGUUGGCCAAGAACAACCAGUCAUUGCUAUCUUUGUUGGAACACUUAUGAAAUCUUAUAAAGGCGAACAUUCGCUCAGUGGGAAUACAGCUUGUCGAUGGUACAUCAAUCCCGAUGUUCCUGAAGUCCAAGCUGUUAUAGACAGGUACAAGAUAUGCUUGAUGGGGACCGAUGGCACAGAUGAAGCAGAAUUUGUGUUUUUUGGUGAUAUGGGUCGUCGUCUUGUUCUUAAAGAUGUCAAUGUGCUAAUGAGAUCUUGUCGCAGCGCUGAUGGUAUUCCAAGUGAAAUAGCGUCGCUGGUAUCCCAAAAGUACCAUUUUACAGUUAAUGUAACCAGCAAAUGCUUUGAAAAGCCACAACGAUCAUACGAGGUGAAGCACAUCCAUUGUGCCUACAGCCGACAGAGUACCAUUCCAACAAUCAAGAAACCCAGUGAUACACCUACUGAUGACAAACACAAAGCUGUUUUAUCAAUUGUCGGUUCAUCCAGUGCUAUGCAACCACACAAGGACCAACACGUUCAAAACGUGAAAGAUACUCCCCCACCAAAAGACUCUCCAACCUUUACACCGCUAAAGACCAAACAGCCUCUUUCUGAGCACCCAAGUGAUGGCAAAAAAGAGAGAAAUAUACGUAGGCGAUUACUUAUGGAUAGAGCUUCAACUGAUGCAAAUUUAGACAAGCAUGAUGAUUCUCUUGAUGAUAACCUGGAAGAUUCUUUGGGUGAUGCUACUGCUAGGUCUCUCACUGGUUCCGAUGGUGAUGGUGGUUCCGAUGCUGAUGGUGGCGCUGAUUCAGCCUAGGCAAUCUUACUUGUUUUCCUAAAGAAAAAAAACAAACAUCAGGUGCCGGUUGUUCUUUUUUGGUGUUAAUAUCACUAGCGCAGGACCAUCCAGCUCAGAAAUAUAGCCUGUUGGCAUCCUGGUUGUAAAUAUGAAGUUAAUGGCCAGCACCAUCAUUUUGAUGUAAACAUGGCUCUAACCUGAAAACUGUUCACCCUCAGCCUUUGUAUAUAUAACUACUGUAACGAUUAGGAUCCUGGUUACGUAGCCUGCUGUUUCUAUAAUAUGAUUCACUGUCACUUUGCUACACUUUGCAUAUUUUGAUUGUCGACUAAGUGAAUGAAUCCUGCUUUAAUC